CUGGCGGGCCCGGAGGCUACGGGCGGCCGGCGCAGCAGCUCAGCCCGACAGCCGCGCCCGCAGCGCCGAGGAGCGGCCGGGCAGCGCCGCCGCCAUGUCGCUGGGCACCGCGGAGCCGGCCUCGGAGACGGGAGAUGACGGUCUGUCUGCAAUUACCUUUGACUCUGACUUUGAGACGAAAGCAAAAAGGAAAAGUUUCCACAAACCUCCACCCACAUCACCGAAGUCACCUUAUUACUCUAAGCCGAGAAAAGUGGCGUCCUGGAGAUCUUUGAGGACAGUAGCAAGCAUGCCUCUUGGUAACAGAAUGUCCUUAACCCCACAGAAGCUGUGGCUGGGAAGCUCAAAUCAAGGAAGUCUGACCCAACCCCUGAAGUCAGACCUGACCUUGGAGCAUGCACGGACCAACCCCCCCAGCAGCACGCCCGACUAUCUGACAGAAGCUUUAAGAAUGAAGAGGUCACAUCUCAGGCGUUCUGCCAGCAAUGGUCAUGUUCCCGGGACCCUGGUCUACAGAGAGAAGGAAGACAUGUAUGAUGAGAUCAUUGAGCUGAAGAAGUCAUUGCACAUGCAGAAAAGUGAUGUGGAUCUCAUGAGAACAAAGCUUCGGCGCCUAGAAGAGGAAAAUAGCAGAAAGGACCGGCAGAUAGAGCAGCUGUUGGACCCAUCCCGAGGCCCGGAUUUUGUUCGGACUCUGGCAGAGAAAAGGCCUGAUGCCGGCUGGGUUGUUAACGGGCUAAAGCAGAGGAUCCUCAAGCUGGAGCAGCAGUGCAAGGAGAAAGACAACGUGAUUAACAAACUGCAGACUGAUAUGAAGACCACUAAUUUGGAAGAGAUGAGGAUUGCCAUGGAGACUUACUAUGAGGAGAUUCAUCGUCUCCAGACUCUCUUGGCAAGCUCUGAAACUGCAGGAAAGAAGACUCCAGGGGAGAAGAAAAUGGGCCUCAAAAGGCAGAAAAAAGUGAGCAGCGCCCUCCUGAGUUUGUCCCGGAGCGUCCAGGAGCUCACGGAAGAGAACCAGAGCCUGAAGGAAGAUCUGGACCGCGUGCUGAGCAACUCCCCCACCGUCUCCACCAUGAAGGGUUACGUGGAAUGGAGUAAGCCCCGGUUGCUUAGACGGAUCGCAGAGCUGGAAAAAAAAAUAAGUGCGAUGGAAAGCCCCAAAUUACACGCUUCAGAAGUGGUCAAGUCAAACGCCGUGGUGCGCUCUGCGUCCAGCUCCACUGUGCCCAGGCAGCCGGGAGGCGACCGGCAGGAUGACAGCGAGCGUCUCCGGGGGGCUGUGCAGAGCCUGAAAGGCGAGCGGAACGCCCUGCAGAUGCAGCUGCAGGAGAAAGAGUUGGAGGUCAAGCAGCUGCUACAGACCAACGCUGACCUGCAGCAGGAGCUGGAGCACGUGAAGGGAGGCGAGGAGGAGAGGCGAGGGACAGAGGAGGCUCUGAGAGAGGAAAUUCAAACCCUUACGAAGAAGUGUCAAGAACUGGAGGAAAUCAGGAGACAAGAGAGAGACGAUCCCGCGGAGAGGAGUCUUGAGACCCCAGAAGAACCCCGACCUUCCCUUCCCACCAGCAGGCCCUCUCAGCAGGACUGUGAGCCAGAUCCAAGCAAGGAGGGCUCCCGGCCCCCCUCUGCCUGCUCCGAGGGGCGAAGAGACACGGCGGCCAGGAUCCUGCAGACCCGGUGGAAGGUGUACCGACGCCAGAAAAAAAAGGCUGUUCUGACUGAGGCGGCUACGGUACUCCAGGCAGCUUUCAGGGGACACCUAACACGGGUGAAGCUACUGUCGAGCCAGGCGUGUGCCUCAGAAGCCCCCGGCUCGCCCAGCCCGCCCGGCCAGGACCCGCCACCACGCAUUCCGAGCCCUGCCGUCCAGGCUGAGGACGACCCAGGGCAGGAGGCCAUCACCACCGUGCAGUCUGUCCUCCGGGCGCACCUGGCACGGGUCAGGCACAGUGCCUCUGGUCAGAGAACCACCACUGCAGCUUCUAGGAGGAGGAGACCCACUCUGGCCACCCCCUGCCAGUCACCUGCUGUGCCCUGCCCUGCUUCUCCUGGUCAGGAGGACAGCGACACGAGCAGCGGGGAGACUGUGGAGGGGCUGGCGGCCAAGGACAAGGCGCCGGGGCUGUGGGGACCGGGGAAGCCAGCAGCCCUGCAGCCCGGCUCUGGGCUGGCCUCUCCCUCGGGACCGCACCCUCAGCCACAGCCCGCGGAGCCUCCGCCUACGGAUGACGGCAGCUCGGACGACUCGGAUGAGAUUGUCGUUGCUCUGGCACUGCCCUCGAGGAAGGCGUCCCCGCCGUAGGCCCUGGGCCCUCCCGCAGUGCCGGCUCUGCCGCGGAGCUCGGGCACGCUCUACAGGACGUAGUGCCCAGAAUCAGAAAGUAGUUUAUCUCGUUAGGAAAGAACUACCUACUCCACAGCUCAGCGCUCUUGUCGGCUUUUCUCUUUGGUUUGGUUUUGCCGCUUGUCUGGUUGUUCGCGUAGGAAUCCUGAAGCCGUUGCUUCAUCUCUGCGCUGGUUUUCAGGGUCAGCUGGACAGACGCAUGUGCCCGGGCUGGGGCCAGCCGCGAGCCCUGCAAACACACGCUCCAGGUAGCAGCUUCCUGGCCACCGUUGGCCUCGAGCCGGGAAGAGCUGCUCUGUCUGGAGCCACCCAACAGCAUCUUGUUCUCCCCACCAACAUCUUCUCCAGCACCGUGUGCUCCGACCUCCACCCAGUAAGUAGGUCAAGCUGGACACGCUGGGGCCGUGCCUUCCGGAAGAGAGGGACGUGACAGGCUUGCGUGGGGCAGGCUCUCCCCACCCCCAUGACGGGACACGAAGAUGUCAGGGCCCCAAGGUGGGCUCGGGCUCCUUGGGCUGCUCCUUCCUGCACUGCUCCGCACAGACCUUCACCUGUCACCGUCCCCACCUCCCCGGGGCACUGUCCUCAAGAGCUGCCAUGCCCAGGAAGCAGUCUGGUGGGAUUUUGUCACUGGGCAGAUUAAGCCUUAAAAAAAUACCAAACUCUAAUUAAGAAGCAGCAUCAGGUUUGCUUUUGAGACCGGCAGGGGGGCAGGCUGUCCCCAGGCCCCGAGGAAGGGGCAGCGGGGAGCCCACAGGCCCUUGCUGCAUUCCCACCCCGGCUCCGCGGCCCGGCCUCUGCCGCACAGAGCUCCACUCCAGAGCUGAGUCUCACCCUUUGUUUGCGAGAUUAGCCCUUGCUGAUGGUAACAUGGAAAGCCUCCGGCUUGGGUGGCAUUUCAAGGGCCUCUAGAGCCCAUGUCCCCCAGGUCGUGUGUCUGACGUUAGAAAGCUCGCUCUUGCUGGGACUGAGCGUGCCCACUGGAGCCCUUCUGAGGUCGCAGCUUGGAAAGCACGACGUCCUUCUUGGGGAAACUCGGGCUGUCCUCUCGGUGGUCAGGAAGCUUCUGGUUCCAGCACCAGCUAGGUGUGUGGCAGGGGGCACUCUGCAUCGCCACUCCCCCCCCCCGACACCCCGGGUGGGUGAGGGUCUCUCCAGCCCAGCCUGGCCCCCUGGAGUCACCGGGGCCCGCCCAGCUAGGUUCUGUUCACACAGCGGGUCAAGAAAACUUCAGCCGGGA